GCACCACGAUAAUCGAGAAAUCUUAGCGACAAUAUAGUGAGUAGAUUUCCCUGUUAAAACUGAAACCAAAACAUACUGCUGGCUCAGUAUCCAGACGACGAAAUGCAUGAAAUCGUCACCCUCCAAUUAGGGCAACGGGCCAACCACCUGGCCACGCAUUUCUGGAACCUUCAGGAAUCCUAUUUCACGUACCAAGAAGGCGAAGAAUCCCCGGUCGAUCAUGACGUUCAUUUCCGGCCCGGCGUUGGGGCAGAUGGAUCAGAAACUUACACGCCUCGGACGGUGAUAUAUGACCUCAAGGGUGGCUUUGGCACAUUACGGCAGUCCAAUGCUCUCUAUGAACUAAGCGAGGAUUUUAACCCGGGGCAGGGUCUCUGGGACGGAAAAGAAGUUAUACAGCAACAACCAACAAUCCUCCAAAGUGACUAUCAGAAGAGCCUGGAUGCAGGGCUCCCAGCUCCCAAACUUACAUCAGAAACAGUCCGGUAUUGGUCAGAUUACAACCGGCUAUUCUACCACCCUCGGUCAAUAGUGCAGUUAAAUGACUACGAGCUUAAUUCGAGGAUGAUGCCUUUUGAAGAUUGGGAGAUGGGCGAGGAGCUGUUUAAUGACCUUGAUAAGGAGCACGACUUAAUUGACCGGGAUGUGAGACCCUUCGCGGAGGAAUGUGAUCAGUUGCGUGCAUUGCAAAUCUUCACAAAUGCCGAUGACGCUUGGGGUGGGUUUGCUGCUCGGUAUAUGGACAGGCUGUUCGACGAAUAUGGUAAGAAGAAUAUAUGGGUGUGGGCUAUUGAAAGUGGCUCCAAGGUGCAAAGGCAUCAACAAAUCAAGCGCGACAUAAACAAGGCCCGUUCAAUAUACUCAAUCUCCCCCCAGUCAUCCUUCUAUACACCUAUUAUUAACCCCCCUCAUCGACUACCAAACACAUUCAACGUGGACUUCCAAUCGGAGUGGCAGACAUCAGCGUUGAUCAGCUCUGCUAUGGAAACCGUAACCCUACCAUCUCGACUUCGUCCGUACCGUGAUUUCGAAUCCUCGCUGGCUGGAGAUGACGGUAUCCACAAGAUUUUUGAAUUACAAUCCAGCAUUUUUACGGAUGGCGAAGCGCAAUACACGGCUGCUGCAAAACCGACCAACGGAGCCGAGCCUUCGGAUGACGAAUCUUCCCAAGUCAAGACUGAGUUUGACGUGGAUUUCAGCUACGAUUCAGGAGACAGCAGCAAAUCCCACAUGUUCAAUCAAGUUCAGGUGUUGCGCGGGAUCGACCCCGAGAAGAGCAACAACGGUCUUCCAACUGAAGAUAUCGACCUUGGCAUGCGCCGCAAACUGCGGCUUCACAAUUCACAGCCCAUGUUCCAAAGUUUCCACACACCCCUCCGCUUCCCUAUCCUCGACAGCUUCCCCAGAAACAUGUUUCCUGUAUCCGAUACGAACAAUGGAAUCCAAGUGCUCUCUUCUCUAACAGCAUCGUCGCGGACGGGUGAACGGAUUAAGGCCAUGGAAACGGUCGCUACUCGGAUUAUUUCUAUUGACGAGCGGGAAACUAUUGUUAAUGGUCUGGGCGAGAUUCGUGAAUCGUAUGAGACUGGGUGGAUGAGUGAUUCGGAUUAUGACGAUUAAACUAGUUAAAAUGUAGAUCCUAUCAUUCAAUAAUCUGUAUCGCAUCAGUAAGCCUAUUUACUCCUUUCUAUUCUCUCAUCCUCUAAUCCACCACAAUCAAAUAAUCAUAUAUAUAGUUCCUUCUCGGCUCCUUGCCUAAUACCCCAUGUAAUCAUGUCAUACUUCGGUUUCCCAUAUAAUUUAUUUAGGGAACCACUCUUACCACACCCUUGAUGAUUUUCACGUCAAUGAAAACGUGACCAUCCAACUUCGUGCUGGCAGUCAUGCCCGACUACAUGUUGGAUAGCCGAUUCUUGAAAAUGUGGACCUCUGUCCUAUGGUAUCAAGCACCUCUUCUGCGAACUUGGAUACACAUUGGUAAAAG